UAUAAAAUUGGUAUGUAUGGUUUCUGAAUUGGGGCAUUUUUAUGGCUUCGGCGGGAAAUCUCUUGUGCGUCUUGGCCAUGGCGGCCACCGCGGCUCUGGCUGUGGCGAGCUCCUGGGAGUUAUGCGACAAGUACAAGAGCUAUCCCGUCAAGAUCAAGGACGUGGAGGUCCUGCCGGAUCCCGUUGUGAGCGGCCAGGAUGCGGCAUUCGUUGUUCCAGCGAGCACGAGUGUUCCAAUCAAGUCCGGCACUGUGAUUGUCACUGUGCUAUGGCAUAACAUCCCUGUGCAUCGAGAGGUGGACGAUUUGUGCGAGAAAACAAAGUGCCCAAUUGCUGCUGGUGAUUUCGUCUUGAACAGCACCCAAGCGCUCCCUGGAUUUACGCCCUCUGGAAAGUACAAGAUUAGAAUGCAGAUCGUUCAGGGCUCCAGCCUUUUGGCCUGUGCAAACAUCCAGUUCCAGAUCGUUUGGCGACGAUUAGACGCGGCAGCGUAAGCUUUUAAGUUUCGCAAAAACGAUAAAAAGGGUUCUGUGCUUUCCUUUUGAGUUGCCUAUUUAUGAAUCGAAAAGGCUUUGUCCUCUUUGUGAAACCUAGCUAUGGAGAAGUUUUUCCAGAGCUUACUGCUUCUAGCUGUUCUUUCCUUCUCGGUUGUCUCGGCGAGCAGCUCAUGGACACCUUGUGAUCAUCGCCCUCGUGGGAUCACUCUCCAAGAUGUGAAAGUUGUCCCAGAUCCUGCGAUUACUGGCGAAGACGUCGAGUUCCAAGUCACUGGUUCAUCAAGUGCUAGAUUGGCGUCGGGAAAGCUUGCGAUCACAGUCUACUUCCAUGGAAUUUUUGUGCGCAGGGAGAUCUACGAUCUGUGCCAGAAAACAAGCUGUCCAGUUGAAGCAGGAAACUUUGUGCUCAAGAGCUCCCAAAACUUGCCAUCGGUCACGCCAUCGGGAGCGUAUCGAUUGAAGCUCGAGAUGUUAGACCCCAAGAACAAACUCCUCGCUUGCGCGAUGGUCAAUUUCGAUAUUGUAAGACCAAAUCCACUCGCCGAUCAAUGAGAAAGGAUUUAAUUCUAGCC